CUUUCAGGUUGGAUCUGUGUGUCAGUUUGUGAAUUUAACACAGUGGAGGCUCAGCCUGGAGAAGAGGUCACACUGCAGUGCAACAAUAUGAGUAGUUCAACUGGCCACAUAUGUUGGUCUAAAAUCGCCAACGGACACAACAUCAGCCGCAUCUCAUCUAUGAGCAGUUCAGAAUCUAAUGCCUCAAUAUUAGACGGAUUUGAACACGACAAAUUUAUUAUGACAUCCAACACCACAAAGGUCUUUCUAAACAUCAAACAGGUGGACUUCUCUGAUUCUGGAAUAUAUUUCUGUGGAUUAUACAUGUCRGAAGCCCACAGAAUAUUUAGUGCAACCUAUUUAAAGGUUGAAGAUGGGCUUGAUAGAUUACCUGAACUGCCGAUUGGGAUUUUGGGCAGUGUAAUUGUUGUCCUUGGAUUGGUGAUAAUCGCACUGGUUGUCAAAUUCAGGACUGCAGGUAAUUGUUUGUUGGGGAAGGAAAAAAAAUUCACAAAUGCAAAACUUAUUUAUUUACAGAACCUGGGCUCUGAAGAACCGAAUUAUGCAGYGCUGAGUUUCCGCCUCAAAGUUAGAAGCAACAGGAGGCCUGUAGCAAACAGUGAACUGGACCCCAAUGUGGUUUAUGCUGCCACAAGAUAAUCACAAACUACUCAACUCACCUUCUAAGAGUUAAACUUUAGUCAAACUAGAGUUACAUUUUAUUGUGCUGGUCUGCUUGUUGUGAGCAUUGUUACUGUUUGACAAUGUGACAAAUAAAAACAUAUAUAAUUUCAGUAAUAACGUUUGUUCUCAAGAACAUUGUGAAUUUCCUUAUUUACAGGUUAGAAGAAUAUAGUGCUUGAUAUAAGAUGCAAAUAAUGUUUACCURGGUAAAACAGCACAGUGCAGUUUUACUUAUCUGCUCUUUGAUAAUUCAUGAUUUUCAGUUGUAGUCAAGCUUGUAUUUGAUGUGGGUUUUGCAAUAAUUUCCACUGUGGUGUCAGAAGACAUCGAGAGCAACCACACAACAAAGCUGUGAAAACUAAAUCAAGAUUGUGUGCUUUCAGAGGCAUAAAGGUAAAAAUGUUUCAGACUGGUUGAGUACUUUUGACUGGUCAUGUGAGUAGUUGUUGGCUGUAAGCCACCUUGUUAGUGCCUCUACACAUAUUUCUCUCCUAACAACAUACUGACAGAGWGAGUUUGUGAACACAAGAGAAAAUGGAUAAGGGAUAAAACAACUGAAAGAAAAAAUCAAUUUAUUUAUUAUUUUUUUGCUUUUAAAUAAAACUCUAACUUCAAUGUUUUUGUUUUAUUUUGGGCCUUCUCUAAAUACUUUGAAGGUCAUGAAGGGUUGCUUCUAUUAAACAGUGAGUUCAUCUGUUUACUUCCUUUUAGUACUGAAAGUAUUCACAUGAUACUUUCCAUUGUACUUGACCACACCACAUUGUGCUGCCUCUUCCUGAGAUCAUGUUAAUCUCACCCUCCUACUUCAGCAGGUUUGAUAGAGUUUUCUAAUCAUCAGUGUCCUGUGUAGCUCCACCUAAAAAAACAUCAAAUACAUGUCAGUACUACACAGAUCAAAGAUGAGCAAACAGACACAACAAGGUUGGAACUUGACGCCAAAGAGUGGACUGGUAUGCCGCCACCUGCCCUAGCCAUGUCUGCCUUCGUAGCGAACUUUGUGCAGAUGCUAGUGUGAGCAUGUAUGCACAAACCAUUGUACCUACUGGAGAUUUUAUCAGUGGAAACACAGUAGAUGAAGUCUGUGACUCACAAAUUGGUUCUUUAAGGCAUCGGGGCGAAGGAAUCAGAUUGUAGCUAUUGAAAUUGUGAACUGUCUGUUUUGUUUAGUUAGAUUCAGGGGUUAGACAAUGGAACUGAAACACCUGUCAUUUCAGUG